UGCUGCUUAGGAAUAAAUAUCUUGUCUAUUUUCAGUUACAGCCAGUACCAACGAAUGCUGAGUACUUUAUCACAGUGUGAAUUUUCAAUGGGAAAAACUCUGCUGGUAUACGAUAUGAACCUGAGAGAGAUGGAAAAUUAUGAAAAAAUCUAUAAGGAUAUAGAAAAUAGUAUAGCUGCAGCACAUGAGAAGAUUUCUGAAUGCAAAAAACAAAUCCUGCAAGCAAAAAGGAUUCGGAAGAAUCGCCAGGAAUAUGAUGCAUUGGCCAAAGUCAUACAGCACCAUCCAGACAGACAUGAAACACUGAAGCAGCUAGAAGCUUUGGGAAAAGAACUUCAGCAUCUUUCUCACAUUAAAGAAAAUGUUGAAGAUAAGUUGGAGCUGAGAAGAAAGCAGUUUCAUGUUCUGCUGAGCACCAUCCAUGAGCUUCAGCAAACCCUGGAAAAUGACGAAAAACUUUCAGAAGCUGAAGAAUCUCAAGAAACUCAGAUGGAAACAGAGACCAAACAGUAGGUGUAUAAUAUGAAGACUGACUGUACUGUUGAGGAAUAUCCAAGUGUCUUCACUUUGUAUUGAAACCAGCAGUAAGACAGCCAGAGCUGAAAAAUAGUUUUCUACUGCUUCUGUGAAUUUGUAUACAAAAAUACUUGUGUUGCUUGUGCUUCAGGGGAAAACAUUUACAGAUCUGUGCAGACAGACACUUUGUGUUAAUCCACAAACUUUGUAAUUAGUCACAAGAAAUAUAUUUUGUUUUACAAAGGAUGAAGCUUCUGGACAGUACUUGUGGACUGAGGUGUUUGCAAAAUGUUGUCAAUAAAAGGUGUUUA